CAUUCAAUAAAAACAAGCGCAGCACACAGAACAAUAAUUUAUUUUUCCUAUUUACAUUUAAUUUUCAAUUAUACACAUAACAAGCACACGAUGGCUGGUAGAGUUUUGUAUAAAACCAGCUUCAUAAAAUUCUGCAAGCGCCUUAGCACCAGUGAGUGUCAGCACUUUUUGAGUUUCAGCAAACGAAAUGGCGAAAGCAGUCAGAGCAUUCAGAAAAUGUCUCAUUUUUGGCAACAAUUCGGUUGGAGUGAUUAUUACGGGCAGCUGCAGACUAAAGUUGAGAGAUUAGUUGCUGAUAUCGAACGGAGAUAUCAGGUGAUAGGAAGUAAAAUGCCAAGCACAGGAAAUCAUUCCUUACGCCAGGCAAAGCAAAAUGUGCGGCAGUUGAUGACUGAUUACAAGCAACGUUUGGCAAAGGAUGUUUUACUUAUGCGUAACGUACUGCCCUCUAGACGAGUGACGAAAACGCAAAAUAUAGAUUCAAUGUCCUUGAUGGAGAAGGGUAAUCUUGAGAGGCGUAAUGGGGCAGGAAACUCGGUUCACUCCGAUGCCGAGCCAACUCAUGAGUCAGACAAUAAUGAAAAUGUGCCUUGUUCUAUAAAAGCAACUUGCGCAAAUGUCUACAGCUCGACAACCCAACGAAUGGAUGAACACGAAAUAUUUCCUAAUGAUUCAUCUGUAUUUAGGGCCAGAAUGUCACUAUCAACAACAGGAAGCGUGCUUCCCCGAACUGUUCUUUCGAGUGCAGUUAAAAGCAACUGAGAAAUAUCAGAGAAGAGGAGCCUUAUAUGUUUUCAAAUAUAGAAAACCGAUUACAUAAAGAUAUUCAAAGGUUUUUUAAAUAUCUGAAUCAUCGAUAAAAAUAUAUUUUAUGUCAUUGCUAAAUUUAAUUCAAAUGAUUUUAAAUGAGAAUUAAAUAGAA